GAGAGCAUGCGUGUGUGUCAGUGCGCAGCGGUGAUUCUUCCAUCUCUCUCGCGCUCACGGUGUCUCCAAGUAAACUUCCUCUCGCGCGGUGAGGGGAGACAGUCCAACGGAAGGACACCUGGACCGGCCGAACGGGGAAGAUGUUGGCGACAAUGUUAACCGCCAUGUACCUGGCCGUGCGGGCUUCAGAGCAGCUGGGCCUGCGAUGGGUUCACCCCGAGCCCCUCCCCUACCUGCUGGCCUCGCCCACACCCUGGCAGGUCCACUGUGUGUCUCAGGGUCGCCGUAGCAGCCGUGUUGAAGAGAACAAUGCAGACGGGAACAGAAGCAACUCCGCCCACCUGAAUAGGGCAGCCACCACCAUCCAGUGCCAGUACAGGAAGCACCAGCAGAGACGGCACAAAGCCAGGGAUCAGUGAGGGAGGCAGAGAGCCCAGAACCAGCCUGGCACCCAGACCCCUGCCAAAACAGUCUACCAGACACACGCACACACACGUUUAUGCACGGGAAUGCCAAAUGCACACACACGUGUACAUACACAGACAUACAUACACACACACACACACACACUGACAUGCGCACACAUGCACACAAACACACACAUAUGUAUGCGUUCACAUGUGCACACAUCCACAGACAUACACACACAUGCAUAUAUAGACACUUGUGGGAUGCUGCAUGUAACUGCAUCUGUUGAAGCUAAAUGCUUUGUGUUAUAUGUAAUUUUUCUGUGAAGAAAAUUAUUGUUGAUAUUAUAAUUAAUAUGAUUAUUAUACUUCAGUGUCUGACCUGUUUAUCUCAGACCUACCUAGUGUGUGCAGCAUCUUUCUGUGUUAAUGUUAAUGGACACAUCAGUUUCAUACUACUGUGGAAUAAUUAUGUUACAGUGGCAAAGAGUGAAAAUGUUAAUGAAAAAUUUGCAAUAAAAGCCAUUUUCAACACA